AUGACAGAGUCUUCGGCCCCCACGCUGGCCGCAUCGGCCGAUGCCACUAGAGACGAAACAAACGCCGUCCACCCACGAAAUUCGCGGCCACCAUCACCCGAAGUUGUGGAGGAGAAGGAAUUUAAAGAAGGGGGUUACGGAUGGGUCAUUGUAAUCGCCGUGCAUCUGCUGAGUGCUCAUACAUGGGGCAUCAAUGCAUCUUACUCGGUGUUCCUGGCCUACUACCUGCGUUCUGGCGCUUUUGAGGGAGCAAGUCCCAUAGCAUAUGCAUUCGUCGGCGGCCUCAGCAUCGCGAUAGCCCUCGUCAUCUCCCCGAUCGCUACCAUCUCAGUACGCGAAUGUGGAACGCGCAACACGCUCCUGCUUGGCAGUGCCAUUAUAACCACCGCGUUCAUCGGUGCCUCCUUCACCACUCGGAUGUGGCAGCUCAUCCUCUCCCAGGGCGUCGCCUUCGGCCUCGGCAUGGGCUUCACGUUCGUGGCGUCGGUCGGCGUGGUGCCGCAGUGGUUCGUCAAGCGGCGAUCGCUCGCCAACGGCCUCGGGGCCGGCGGGUCGGGCAUGGGCGGGCUCGUCUACGCGCUCGGGACCAACGCCAUGAUCAAGGACCUGGGCCUGUCCUGGACGUUUCGCAUCCUGGCCCUGAUCGUCCUGGUCGUCAACUGCGUCUGCUCGAUGCUGGUCAAGGACAGGAACAAGGAGCUCGGCACGGUGCAGGUGGCGUUCCACACGGCGCUCUUCAGGCGCCCAGAGUACUACCUCCUCUUGACGUGGGCCUUCUUCAGCAUCCUGGGCUACAUCAUCGUCGUCUUCUCCCUCUCCGACUACUGCCAGACCGUCGGCUUGACCGCGACGCAGGGCUCCAUCGUCGCCGCCCUGUACAGCAUGUCGCAGGGCGUCGGGCGGCCCAUCAUCGGCCACUUUAGCGACACGUGGGGCAGGAUCAACGUCGCCGCCGUCGGGACCCUCAUAUCCGCCGUCGCUUCCCUUACGCUCUGGAUAUUCGCCGGUCCCUACUUUGGUGGAGUAAUCGUCUUUGCCCUCCUCGGUGUCUUUACCGGCAUCCUCUGGGCCACCAUCGGCCCCGUCUCCGCCGAGGUGGUCGGGUUGGAGCUCUUACCAUCAGCUCUGUCCAUCAUCUGGCUGGUCCUCGCCGUGCCUUCCACGUUUGCCAUGGUCAUCGGUGUGAGUCUCCGAGUUCCGGGCCCCGGCGGGUAUUUAUAUGUGCAGAUAUUCGUGGGCUUCAUGUAUUUGGUAGCAUUCACAUCAGCCUGGUUCCUGCGAGGGUGGAAGCUGUGGCAGUUGGAGAAUCUGGACCGGAUCAAGAGCCGUGGGACCGGAGUGAUACGCAACAACAACGACGACGCAACAGCAGCAGCGACUGGAGAAACAGUCGCUAACGCGGCCAUCUCAGGUGGUGGUCAGCAAGCGGCGAGGGAGAAGGAAACCCUGGCGACGUACCUGAAGCGAGGUAAAUGGAUCAUAUCUACAAAGGCCGUAUAG